AUGGUUCUGCAAGGCUCAGGAAACCUGAAUCCAGACACUCCUGAGUGCAGUCCAAGAGAAGGCGAUCCUGCAUGUCUGGGGUCUCUAGUGGCCAUACCUCCUCCAUCAUCCGAAGGUGGUUGUGAUGGACUGGGGAGCUGCAGACUCCAUGUGCUCAUGCCCGAAGAGCUGGCAACGCCAGAGGAAGUGCAAGAUGUUCCUUCUGGGCAACAGCAGCAGAUGGAAUUCAAGCAACUCCUGAAGCAUGCUGGAGAGAUCAACAAACAAAACCCUUCCAGGACAAGGACCCUGAUGGACCGGCUCAGCUUGGUGGAAAACAGAGUAUUAUCCAUGUCUUCAAGUCUACAGAAAUUGCAGGAGGAGGGCAGAGUGAAUCUGAACCGCCUGGAGGAGCAGCUCAACUCUUUGACAGCCCUGUUGCUGGGGAUCCUUUCUGGCUGCAAAUUGCCUUGCAGUGAUUCAGUCCUGAAGACAUCCAUUCUUGAUUUAGGAAAAGACCACAAGGCUGAAGAGACACCAGCACUUUUGGUGGAACCAUCUGAAAAAUCCGAGCACACCUACCCUCGCGAUUGCGCUGAGAUCCACAAGCAGGGCAUCCAGGACAGCGGGAUUUACACCAUCCAGCCCAUUCCUCUCCGCCAGCCCUUUGAGGCAUACUGUGACAUGGUGACAGAUGGUGGUGGAUGGACUGUGAUCCAACGCCGGCAGGACGGUGCUGUGGAUUUCAACUGCACUUGGCAGGAGUACAGGCAAGGGUUUGGCAGCUUGCAAGGUGAGCAUUGGUUGGGCAACGAGCACCUCCAUAGCUUAACCCGUCUGGGUCAGCAUAUCCUACGCAUAGAGCUGGAGGACUGGCAUGGUGUCAAGCGGCAUGCCAUUUACCGCAAAUUCAAAGUGGCCAGCGAGGCCAACAAAUAUCGCCUGACAGCCCGGGAAUAUCAGGGCAGUGCUGGCAACGCUCUGAGCUACAGUCGCAACUACAACCAUGACCACAAGUGUUUCACCACCUGGGACAGUGACAAUGACAAUUAUCCUAUGGGCAAUUGUGGGACAUACUAUGGCGCUGGCUGGUGGUUUGACUCCUGCCUAGCAGCCAACCUCAAUGGGAAAUACCACCGGGGACGCUACAGUGGGGUGACCAGCGGCAUCUACUGGGGCACAUGGUACAUUCUGAUUGACAAAAGGACCAAUCAAAAGUAUUCCUUCAAGAAGGUGGAGAUGAAGACCAGACCUCUCAGCUUUUAA